CGAUUAUCAAUUCCCAACAAGGGAAACAUAAUUAUGGGCCGUCUGGGCCAGCAUUCGGUUUCCCUGAACUUCCAAGCCCGCCCAUGACGUGGUACAAUCAAUGGAUAAGCUAAGCUCCACACUGAUCGAGAUCGUCUUUCAUCAGGUUUUGUGUUUUAUAUUUUUGAAAAUGUUUUCCUUCUUCGGUAAUCACUAAUCAGUUACAGAAUACAGAGGUACACUGAGUUAUAAGAUCAUUCUUAACCAAGGGGCAAGGGCACUGAAUUUGCUAAUAACCUUCCUUUUCUUUGCAAAGGCAAGCUAAGAACGUCUAUAAAGUGCGAUUUUCCCUGAACUCGCAGUGAUCUCUCCUCACCGAAUAUCACAACCCAGUUCAAAAACGAAACAUAAAAGAGUUGCUUUCUGUAACUUGAUCAACGCAGCGAGGAACUAUUUGCUCAGGCUAGGAAGCUACUUGGACAGUUUUUCCAAAUUUUCUUUCUCCCAUGGCGAUAUGCAGAGCCAGAGUUAGAGCGGGAGCUCUACUUAGUUUGUUUCGCCACUAUUCAGAGCGCGCCUGCUCUUCUUCACCAAUCUCCUCUAACUUUCAGAAUGUUGGAUUCAUAGGACUGGGCAACAUGGGAUUCCGGAUGGCAAAUAACUUGAUCCGAGCUGGGUUCAACCUAGCAGUUCACGAUAUUAACCAUGGUGUAAUGAAGAUGUUCUCUGACAUGGGUAUUCCGGCUAAGGACUCGCCUCUUGAUGUUGCUGAUUCGAGUGACGUUGUGAUUACUAUGUUGCCUUCCUCAUCUCAUGUAUUGGAUGUGUAUACGGGACCAAAUGGCUUGCUUCACGGUGGAAGCAUAGUGAGACCUCUAUUGUUCAUUGAUUCAUCUACUAUUGAUCCUCAAACAUCAAGAAAGCUUUCAGCUGCUGUGUCCCAGUGUGCUCUAAAGCUAGAGAAAGAUGAUUGGAAGAAACCUGUGAUGUUGGAUGCUCCAGUUUCUGGAGGUGUGAUUGCUGCAGAAGCUGGUACUCUUACUUUCAUGGUUGGUGGUUCCCAGGAAGCCUAUCUGUCUGCCAAACCCCUAUUUCACUCAAUGGGAAAAAACACAAUCUACUGUGGAGGAGCAGGAACUGGUUCUGCUGCAAAGAUAUGCAACAAUUUGGCCAUGGCUGUUAGUAUGCUUGGUGUAUCAGAAGCCCUAGCUCUUGGCCAGUCCCUUGGAAUUGAUGCAAGCACUCUGACCCAAGUUUUCAACUCUUCAAGUGCUCGAUGCUGGAGUAGUGAUAGCUACAAUCCAGUUCCAGGAGUGAUGGAAGGUGUACCUGCUUCGAGGAACUACGCUGGUGGAUUUGCCUCCAAACUAAUGUCUAAAGACCUGAACCUUGCUGCUGCAUCUGCCAAAGAUGUUGGCAUGGAAUGCCCUUUGACAUCCCAAGCUGGAGAGAUAUAUGAGAGCGUGUGCAAGGAUGGCCAUGAGAGCGAGGACUUCUCUUGUGUGUUCCGUCACCAUUACUCUGGAGAAGACGAGCUUUAGUGUCAAUGUGCGCCCUUUCAAGAGAUUUCACGGCUGCCCAGCUGCACGGAAUGCCGGUUUUCUAUCUGUGCUGAUGGCUAUACACAGACGAUCAGCUGAGUGCUCCUGCCGUUGGAGAUGACAGACUAUAAUUCUGCUGACCCAUGCUUUGUAGAAAGAAAGUGUCCAAGUGGACUUUUACAAAUUAGAAGUGGAUUAGGUAGUUGUCAAAUGCAGCCAUGUUUUGUUUUGGACGAUAAUGAACGAGCGAGAGGCAAUGGUUAUGUAUCUCAAUCAAAUGUGACCCCAAAAGUUUUAUAUUUGUUAGUCGGAAUCUCAGACGCCAAAGGCCAAAAACCGCCUCUCAUCUCCCCCACAUCCGUCCCAAAAAAGCACAAGGAAGAUUUUCUUGGAAUAUAUUCGCUUUCCUUCU